CUGCACUAUCAAUGUUUGCAUCAACACAUAUAACAUCGAUCUGGCUUUCGCCUCUGCUUUUUAAGCAAAAUAAUGUCCUUCGAGAUAGAUGAGCGGAGGUUUUGUGCCUACUUACUUGCGGAUGCUCACAGUGUCAUGGGUUGUUCCACAUUGUCACCAAACCGGUGCCCCAAGAGAGAGAGUACGAACUAUAUAUAAGGUGAGGAUAUUCCUCUCGUUUGUUCAACAUGGCAAAUGGAUUUCGGGUAGAUCCAUGUGUAAACCAGCUCGACUCUUCAAUGGACGUCUACGCAAUAGAGAUUCAUCUUUGAGCUUCUGCAUCGUUGAAGACCCUUCAAUGGAAGUAUGUUGCAUGUAGGAAUGGGCAAAUUUGAGGGAUAUGGAAGAUUAAACCGCUCUGAGACUUCCAGCUUUGACUUUCAUCUUGCCCAUGAGAAUUUGAAUUUCAAUUUCUUAAUUGUUUCAGUUUAACUGUGGGUGUAAUACUGAAAAACAGAUGGCGGCCAGCAUUGUCCUCAAGGUCCUCCUCCCGUUCCCAUGGAUAUCUUGCUUUUCCUUCUCCGUCUUGAGAGAAGGAACAGCUACGACCUGCUGGAAGGAGCACCUUCUGGAAUCAUGUUAAGCAGACGCGGACUUAUAGGAACUCCAGAUGUGCGUCAAUUUGACAGGAUCAAGAGGAUGGGGACAGAGCAGGAUGUUGAGAACAGAAGUGGAAGCAAAGGAACGACCCCUGUCGUGUUCAGCUGUAGUGCAUAGGCGGAAGUCGUGCUCUGCUGCAGGGAGUCGCACGGUGGGAGUAGGCAGCGGCGCUCUACUCGUGUAGGUUUUUGUUGGUCCCACGCACAGGCUAUCGAUCCGCCCUACGGCGCGCUGCAGCGACGGAACAACACCACGGCGCGGUGCAGCAUCUAGUGCGCCGUUGAUCCUCUUCUCCUUCGGUACCUUAGGACUGGCCUAAAGAAACAGGAGAAGCAGGAGGACCAGCGAUGAUCGAGGUGAAAUCUUUGGACCUGGUGCGAUAUGUGGCGCAUCUUGCGCGUGCUGCGUGGUCACCUGAAUAUGGCUUACCGUAGGAGUCAUUCAUCUUCAGAAGCAAUGCUCUACCUUUGACAUGACAAUUUCUUCAAGGGAUGAAGUUAUUAAUGUCGUGGUCAAAGAGAAAGAUAACACUUUCUUCUAGCUAGGGAUACGAAUGUGGGUCGUAAUAUUAAGGUCUAACCGUCGCUUUUCCUACGAUUAAGGCCCAGAGAUCAUGUUUUCCGGCUUAUGCAUGAAGUGUGGCCAGCAGAAGGUGAGAGUCUACGCUGGACGAUGCGUUGUCUCUUCGCUAUUGGCCUUUUACGCUCGCUGUUGCUUUACCACUCGACGAAUUUGCUGAAGCGACUUUAUGAUGGGGAAAAUGGUUUUGAGCGAAGCAACUAGUAUCUAGUAGGGCUCUCUCUCCUUAAGUUGCCAACUAGUAGAUAAGUAUAUGCAACUACCAGAUCGGGGGCUCCAUGUAAAAAAGAACGACGCGGAUGUGCAGCUCACUCUUCCAGUUUUCUUCACCCGUCAACCACCUCCGCAUUAACUCCUUAGUUCCACCUGAAUAAAGAUUCUUGUAAAGAGCCUCUCUUUGCUGAAUUGUUCAUAACCUGGUUCUCUCUUUGCUAAAUUGUUCUCUCUUUCUCUCUCUCUCUUCCUUGUUUAUAACCUAGUUCCCGCAUUGUAUGGCGAGAAAUCGACGAGUCUUCUGCGCUUAGAGAGCCUCUUCGUGCGCGGUGUAGUUCUCGCACUCUGUGCGGGCCUGCAGCAUGCGGCGCAACAAUUCUUGAGCACGCGAUUGCACAUCGAGUUCCGCGCUCGCCUCGUUUCAAAAGUCCACGAACUCUACUUUUCCCGACGCCGUUAUUACCGACUCACACAGGAACAAACACGCAUUCAAAACCCGCAAGAUCUGGUCACGACUGAGCUAAAUUUAUGACGAUGAAAGAAAGCUUCUGCUUCUCUCCUCCACAUUGUUCUUAAGUAUGUCUUCUAUGCUAUGUUCUUCUUCCUUGCAGUUCUUCUAGGUUCUAAAGAUAAAACUAAAACUAAAAACCAGGAGUGGUCAACAAGAAAGUUUCAGUUAUUGUUAUCCUGACCCUGAGAAGUACUUAAAUAGAACCACUACAGUAGAAGUUUCGCUCCUCUUGUCAUUUACCUAUUUUCAGUGGCUCUACGUAGUCUUAGAGCCUGAGCUAGAAGCACAAUCUUCCAUACUUUCCUGCCGACAGGAGUCAGUUCAAAUUACCUCGCCUUACUUCUAGAGCCAUUUAUUCCAGACUAAGUUCUUCCAUCGCCUACAACAUUAGCCGCCAUUUCCAGACAUCGCCUAAAUUCUUCCAUCGCCUCUCGGCUGUCCGUUUUUGUUUCGACGCUUCUCCUGUCGCUUCCACAAUUGGGUACACUUUCGCUGCGGCUGUUCGCAUCCUAUGGCCCGUGGUUGGCGCUGUUUCCGCAGGCGUAUCUCCUCCUCAUGUACGAGCUAGCGCAACGAGCAUUCCCGAAGAACGUAGGGCAACUACACAGGGAAAGCGCGGUAAUGAAGUAGAUGGUCUAUUGUAUUGUUCUGGUAUUUGGUAUAGCCUGAUUUCGAUCAUAAGGGAAAACAAGAAGAGAAUGCUUGUGAUCAAAUUCAGGCUUUUACCAAAUACCGGAAACAUUCUUCUUCUAUGACUAUCAGCUGAAAAUAAUACAUCUAUCACUAUCUCCUGAAUUGUCUCCCAGAUCGCUUCGAGCAAUUACCGCUCAGCGUGUACGCGAUUACAGCAGAAUGCAGAGGGGGUUGGAUGUGUCGUGGGAGGAGCCGUCAGAGAAAAGCAGAUUUUGGAGGACUACUUUGAUGUGUGUCUCUCGAAGGAGACGGUAUUGGCACGCACGGCGCGUAAGUUUGUAUGGAUCCUGAUGCUUUUUCCAUCUGCAUUUACUUUUACUUAUAGCUUCUUCUAGGUCGUUG